UCGAGCUGCGCACUGCUGUCAUAUGAGCCAAGUAAAGCGCACGGAGCCAAACAUCCAAUGGGUCAAUCUCAGCGACUUUACGCACCGACUGGAUUCUGUCUGCAGCCGGAGUUCGCGGACUGAGUGUGACACGCACCUGGUAGCGAAGAGUUACUUGGAUGGUUUAAUUUUUUCAACAACAACAACAACAACCCAAACCUAAAGAAACAGCUGCGCAAUAUAUAAAAAAAGAAAGACGCAGCAGCGAUGUUUAUCUCACGGAGAAAUCACUGAGAGCCGCAUCCUCCAGCGUCGCAUCCAACCGUUCACCCACCACCCACCGCAAAUGAGUUACAGGAUGAAUUCCGCGUUCGUAGCAGUGUUCCUUGCAGUGGUCGGGGCUCUGGCCAAUAAACAGGAUUGUUUGUCGGGCCAGUACACAACCAGCGGGGAAUGCUGCCUUCAGUGUCAGCCUGGAGAGGGGGUCAUCAAACCAUGUGGAGCCACGCAGACCGAGUGCGAGCCGUGCCUCGACAGUGAAACUUUCUCAGAACACCUGAGUCACACAGACCAAUGUGUUCCGUGCAUACAAUGCACGGGUCUAUUCCGCAUGGAGACACCCUGCACAGACUCCAACGACGCCACCUGUGUGUGCAACUAUGGCUUCUUCCUGAACGUCUCGUCCGAUCGCUGUGAGCCCUGCACCAAGUGUCCGGAGGGCAAGGGCAUGCUGCUCAGUUGUGAGCUGGACCACGACACUUUGUGUGAGCUGUGCACCGCGGACACGUACUCGGACCAGGAGAGCUCUCGAGAGCCCUGCAUCCCCUGCACCACCUGUGAUGAUGAGGAGGUGUUAGAGCCCUGCACAUCUUUGACGGAUACAGUUUGUCAAGUGCCAUACCCUUCAUUUUCCCCGACCCCCUUUUCCCCCACGUCCACGUAUGACAUUUUUUUGACGGAUGAUCCUCCACCAGAGGGCUCGACGGACCGGACCACCACCACCACCAACGGCGAUUCCCAGAAGCGUCUCUACCAGGGUCUGAACGACAAACUCAUCCCCAUCUACUGCUCCAUCCUGGCAGCUGUUGUUGUUGGACUCGUGGCCUUCAUCAUAUUUAAGAGAUGGAACAGCUGCAAGCAGAACAAGCAAGGCGCCAAUAACUGCACAGCCAACCAGAACCAGACGCCAUCGCCCGAGGGGGAGAAGCUGCACAGCGACAGCGGCAUUUCUGUUGACACCCAAAGUCUGCAGGAGCAGCAGGGCCAGACUCAGGCACAGACAGUGAUCACCAUGGACGAGGAGCCCUGUUUGCUCCUUCCUCUUCACACCAGAGAGAAAGUGGAGAAGCUGCUGUUCAGGGGCAACGAAGGGGACAACUGCGACCACAUGGAAGACAGCGACUGGUGCAACCUGGCGGGCCUCCUGGGAUACGAGGAGGAGCGGAUUGCCACCUUCCGGCAGGAGGAGCAUCCCGUCCGCGCGCUCCUGUCCGACUGGGCGAGCAAGGACUGCGCCAGCAUCGACUCGCUGUGCACUGCACUGCGGAAGAUCAACCGUGACGACAUCGCCCAGAGUCUGCUGCUCAGCCCGAGCGCUCCCAAGCCAACCGCCACUUCAGUGGUGUGAUUUACAGAGAGAGCGAACCACCUGGACCUUAACCGUAAUACUCCUCCUUCCUCAAUCCAGAUAAAUCAAGCUACAACCACUUUCAGUUCCUCCCUCGCUAACAUGCUGUGAUUACACGUGUCAUGUGUAGUGCAGUACUAGGACGCCACGAACCAGACAAAUUAAUAUCAAUACACUGAGUCAGGUGAAGGAAAAAGACACAGAAAACUCUUCUCUUAAGUAUCAGGAUGUGCCUGUAAUCUGUCCUUGUCACAUGUUCUAUAAAAACAACACAAUGCAAAACCAUUGAUGAUGAAGGGGAAGCAUUAGAAUUCAUUCCAUUGUGAGCUUUGAACAGCUGCCUGCCUUUCUUCUCUAGUUCACAUCCAGCUGACUGUUUAACUCGCCUUAGAAUGUACGUUACUGUGGAUAAUCAUCCAUCUUCUUCACUCUCCAACAAUAAUAAUCCGCUCCGCCCUUAAUUACAGCCUUCAUACGCCAGUGUUGUACCUCUUAAAAGCUACCUUUCAAAUCUGCGCCACCAAAGAGGAGUAAACGUCUCCAGACGGUACCUGACAAGCGACAUUACUGACAUGCCAUGUUAGGCCUUUUGAAUUUAAGUUGACAAGUGGCUUGUGUCUGCAGCUGGGACCGGAUGAGGCCUGCAUACCGCGGAGGAUCUGGAUCUUUGCAAACAUGACAAUCUGAGGAAAGAUGCUUGGACGCUUCUCAAAUGAGCCUGUUCUUCAUACGCAAGCCAAGAUCUGCUCCGUGCUCUGACUUUGAAAUUCUUGUGUUCGAUUUAAGACAUGGAGGUGCGGCACAUGUGGGAUUCAUCCCAACUUUGGCUUAAGUGAUUUCUGCAGACUUGUUAUGUAAGAGCUGCCGGCUGGACUCUGCCAACCAGGUGGUCUGUGGGGCAGGUCACAGAAGGAGGCAACAUGAGACUCCAGUGAUCAGGCCUAUCCGCUUAACACAGGAGACCCCCCCCCCCCCCCCCCACAGACUCCCUCAUGCUGACUCAGAAAUGGGAAGGACUUGGUAAAAAAAGUUACCCAACGACCAUGGAAACUGUAAAUAAGAGUGCACACACCAAAUAGAUUCUGUGUAUACAUACAAGUACACACAUUAGACCCACAAAAUGUAGCCACGCAUGCAUGUACUAUACAAACAAACGGACCAUGUAUGUAUCUCCAUUCUUAUCUAAUCUAGAAGACUCAGAAAACUCCACAUCCUGCCAUAUACUGCACCGAGGGGACCAUACACUGUUUAAUCUCACUACUAAUAAAACAUAUAAGGUAGCUCCGUGUCUUCAAAAUAUGUUUAAGAACCAUAUAAUUUGCGAUGUGCACUAAAGAUGGUGAAAUGCUACGCUAACGGUAAACAGCAUGCAGAAACUAUAGCAACUAGCGCACAAAUUCAAAGACAAAACAAUCGCACACGUUGACAAAGUGACAAAAUCCAGGGUUUUCUAUCCUUUUCACUUCAUUUCUCAGGGUUAUCUUGAACGAUUAAUAUUUUUGCCUUCUGUAGCUAACUGAGCGAUUUCAUUAUUGUUCAAGAGGAGAAGGUGAUUAUCCAAAGCAGUGAUCCUUGCGAUUGACAAUCCUUCAAAACAGGUGAAAAAGAGACGGAGGAGAGAAAAGAGGAGGAAGGGCGUCUUGUUUCCUCAUUGUUCGCAUCAACGGCCUCUGGAUAAAAGACAUAAGUCACAGGAAGUGGUGUGAAUUCCCAGUGAGGGAAAACGUUCGGUUGACUUAAAACGUAAAAGGUCGAAACCCAGGAAUCUGCAUUUGCAUUAUUCAUAUAUGUGAUUUUUACUUUGUGUUGUGUUGCACUUAUUUAGCUUUCGAAUUUGUCAAAGCACACUUAAACAAUCUCUUUAUCGUGCUGCCAAUCCCUCGGACCUACUUUUUGAUUCACUUUCUGUUCCGGGGGGAAGAUGUGAAGGAGUCAAACCGCGUUAAACUCACCUAUAUCUCCGACUUCAUCUGUUACUCACUGGUAAAAAUUGUAACUAACCACUCACAUACAGAGCGUCAUGUCAUAGUGUUACUUUAAAUGAAGGUAUUCUCACUUGUAUUUUAAUUCCCAAAUAACACAUGUAACUGGUAUUAUGUUUCUCUUAUAUUGACCUAGAUUGUAGCAGUUAAAUGUGUAAUUAUGUCUGUUUUGCGUCACAAGUGCCUGGGAACUAUUUCAGGUGUCCGCUGAUGUACAUUUGUUCUUUGUAUGUGUACCUUCUUUAUUUUUUUUUUUUAACUUGUAAAUAACGUGUCAUUUUCAAUUUUUUAUUUCACGUAAAGCCUAGAGGGCGCCACUGUACAAUAUGUGAAUGGGACUUUGUUACGAUAUCAGCACUGUCCUGGUUUAAAAAGAAGGGCAAAGGGAAGGGAGGUACCUGUGCAAUUAGCCAAUUAUCUACCAGGAGGUGUAUUAAGGUCCUGGGGACUGGUAAUGAAUAUUAAAAAGUACAGUCAGAAAUGGAAAUGCUCUAAUCUCUCAUUUUGUAAAAGUCACUUUUUCAGUCUAAGGGCUUUAUGUGAUUGACACCUCUGUAUGUUAAAAGAAGCUACAGCAACAAUCUUAGCUUAAGAACAAGCUUCUCUGAGUCUCUCUGAACAAACCGAGCUGAAGGUGAACACGUGACAUCAUUGCAUUGGGAGGUUGAAGAGGGAGAAAUAAAAGACUGUGUUUGGAAGGUUCAUUGUUUUUAAACCCUGGUGAUGUAGUUCAAAGUGACAAAGACUGACACCAGGACUGAAUUGUACAGAUGUGAGAAAUACUGAAUGUUCCUUGUAUACUAAUGACAUAUACUGUGCUAUACUUAAAUGUGAAUUUGCAGAAUUCCUACAGCAGACGAGCAGUAAAACCACUAAUAAAGCUCUUAAAUCCA